AUGACGGACUUAAAAACAGAUCUGAAAACGGCCAAAACGUAUUUGGGAGAAGGAAAGAAUAGUGAUGCACUAGAUGUUCUCAAGGCCCAUCUCAUGAAUGGCACAAACAACUAUAUGCUUUUUUGUUUUGCUGGGUUAGCAAAUUCCAAUUUAAACAACUUUUUUGAAGCUCAGAAUUUUUAUAAUAAGGCAAUCAGUCUCGACACUUCUGCUCCCACAGCUUGGCAAGGCCUCUUCAAAUUAUAUAAGGAUGCCAGUAUUUCGGAUGAUGUGAAAGGAGUUGAAGCGUGCAAAAAGGUAAUGGAAACCAGCAGCGACAAUGAGAAAAAGGAAGCAAUCAAGAAGGUUUUGAGAAGAAUCUACUUUUCAGUUGGAGAAUAUGAUGCUUUGUUGGAAGAUUUGGGUGAGGACAUCGAAUUGUUCGUUCAAAUCAUAGAGAAAAGUUCAAACAAAUUGUUGUCUUCAACUAGUAAGAAGCUUCUCACAGCUGCUUAUGAAAAAGUGGGAAAUAGUAUAAGCGAGUACCCAUCCAUUCAGUUACCAUAUUUGAAAUAUCUUAAUUCUCAGAACAAUCCAAGUUGGGAGACGGAGACUCUGAAAUACCUGAAAAGUUUACCAACUGAAGAGAAAAUAACUGAUCAAUGGCUGGUCAACGUUCUCACUAAUAAAUGCGCUUCAACGUUUCUAAACACGGGGGAUGUAGAUUGGGAUGUUGUUGAUAGAAUUGAAUCAGACGCAACUAAUAACUUGGCCAUAAAAUUUUUAAAGGAGCUGAGAAAUAAGGGUACUGCACUAGUAGUUCCCGUGUUGGAAUUGUACAAAAUUCCUCACAAUAGCGAGGCCUCCUUCGUAGCGAUCAGGAUUUUCAGUUGUGUUGAGAAAUGGGAUAAGGUGAAAAGUUAUGCAGAAACGCUAGCUACGACCAAAGUGGGGGAAAAGAUAUCUUCAACUGCUGCUUGGUUCACUAUACGAGCUCACCUCGCGCUUGAAGAGUUCGAAGAAGCCAGAAAAUUAUAUAAGAUGGUUAAUCCUGAACUUUUGGGAGAGUUCUCUGUGGAAAUCAUGACAAUCAAAGUUUGGCUGGAAGAUACCGACGAAAGCUGGAUGACUAAUUUGAAUGAAAUCGAAAUGACUCGCGCUAUCAUAACGAGGAAACUCCUUAUGGAUGAUGCGAAAUCUGCCCUCAUUGAUGUGAAAAAUCUGUUAACCAACCCUCUUGUAAGCGAUUUGGAUUGGAUCUUAGCAGCUCGCUCACAUUUCAAAGCCGGUGAAGAAACGACUAAAAUAUACUUAGAGGCCGCUAGGAAAAACCCUUACAACGCUGAAAUUUUCUAUAUGUUUGGUUCAAUUUUGUCUAAGAAAAACGCAAGUAAGGCUUGUGGUCUUCUUAAACGAGCUGUCGACAUUUUCCCCACGAGAGAUCGUUAUGUUAAAGCAUCGGAUGAUUUGAUGAUGAGUUUGAACUAUCCCGUUGAUGAGAGGUCAAAAGCUUUGAAAGUUUUAGCCAAGAAAGGAAUCGUCUGGGCAUCAAAACGACUGAUUAAUUUGUUUUUGAAGACAAAUGAUCACAAGGAAGCAAUACUUUAUUUACAAAAUUAUGUUCGCGCCGCUCCUGAUGACCUUUGGGCCUGGAGUAACUUAGCUGAGAGUUAUUACUAUAGCGGCCAAUUACAAGCCUCUAUUUCUGCUUAUAAGGAAUGCUUACGGUUACGACCUAAUUCUGAUUUCCUUGUGCCGCUUCUUCAAUUAUAUGUUCGUUUUGGAAUGUUUACUGAGGUUCAUGCUCUAUGUGAAAAUGUUGACGAAACUAAACUACGUGAAGACUCACUGCUUUUCUUGAAAUUAGCCAAAGCUGAGUGUACGUUCCGAUACUCAUUCAAGUGCUCUGGUGAACAAAAGCGGAGCGAGCUCAAGUCUGUCAUCCAUCUUUCAUCCUCGGUGUUGCAGUCAGAUUCAAGAAACGAACGAGCUUACAAAUAUGCAGGCGAUUCUUUAAUGCAAAUAGCUAAAAUGUCCGAGAAAUUCAUUCCAUUUUACGAGUUUCCUGAAAGUUGGCAUUGUGUUUCUACAGUUAGUUGUUUGAAAACAGCGGUGUCUUUUUUUUCUUGCGCUGUAGCUUUGAAUAAGUCUAAUGUCAUUGCUUGGGUCGAUCUAAUACAAGCCCUCAUUAUGUUAUCACUCAUCUCCAAUGAGAAAACUUAUGCGGAAAAGGCUAGAGAUUGCAUAACAAAAAUACUGCUCUGGAAACUUCCUCAGCGUGUUAAGUCCAUUUUCUGGACAUUAAUGGUUCAUUGCUUCAUCAGAGCUUUGGAGUUGAACUCUACGAAUUCUGAAGCUUGGUUGAGAUUAGGAUUAGUAUACCUUCAGUACGGAGAGGUUGAUUUAGCUUUCAAAGCAUUUGAGAGCUCAAUCCGAUAUGAUCCCAAAUCAGCACCAAGUUGGUGUCUAUGGGCUUGGCAAGCGGAGAUUAAAAAUAUUAAUUUCGAAGCGUUUGAAAUGUACAAGCAGUCACUCAGUUGGGAACCUUUGAUUCCUUCUGCAUCCAAAUACGCCGGCUUUCUCUGUGAGAAAAUCAAAAGCAGGGAGAAGUUCGACCCAUCUAUCAUCAAGAUUGAUGUCGAAAAAAUCAAAAACAUUCCAGACUUCCGGAACCCUUCUGAAAAAGAUAUCUUGUACAUUGGAAUAUUGAAUGAGUUAUUUGGGAACUAUGAUACAGCCGUUACAUGUUUUGAAAAAUCGGAUCCUAGUAGAGUUCAUCUGCUUAGAGCUCAGUUAAAACGAGGUGAUAAGCUCUCGUCUGACGUACCUACAGAGCUUUUGAAUGUACAAGAGUUAUCGCAAUGUAGCACUCACGAUUUACUGCAGAAAUGUCGUGAACACAUCCCGGUUUAUGAAAAAUUUUUCAGUUCUCUCGAGACAGUUGAAGACGAGUCCACAAUUUCUAUAUUGGAAGACAAAACUCUACAUAUCCCUCUCAUAGUCUCUGCAAUAAUCUACAAGAAUUAUGAGCUUCUUCCAUCAGUAGUGAAUAAACUGCAUAGCUUACGCCCAAGACACGAGCUGGUUGAUGUUUUCCCAACAAUUGUUCCUGCUAAUAUGCUCGAUGAGUUAGAAUAUGUGGAGAAAGAUGGAGAAGAGCCGUUCAGGGCUCGACAUGCCAUAUCUUCUAGUUUAUAUAAGAUCCUUCAGGAUCGCCGAGAGAAGUAUGCAGCCACUGUGGACAAAGAGCAAGAAAAACUUUUAUUGCUCGAAAACGAGGCAAAUUGA